UGCAAGUCUGCAAAAGAAUAAUGUCGUUGACCGGAGAUUUUGUACCAGACGAAACUCCGUCCUGUGGUACAUGAGAACUUGCUACAAUGGAGAAGAGAUUACUCAACAGUCGACAUGCUUUCUCCAUGUUCAUGAGGGGUACUCUUUCUCGUUCGCUCUGUUCAAACAUCGUGGUGUCAAAGCUGCACUUCUUCCAAGACUGACACAAGUUGAUAAGCCAUUUGAAAAAUCGAUAUGGAUCCCACCGCUGUGGAGGCAGGUUCCUCUCGGGGUCUAUACUUGCAGCUGCUUCUAGGCGCCGCGAUCCUGUUCUACGUUGCUCGGCCACUCGUUGUGGCAGUAACGGAUCCGCUCAGAAGAGUUCCGGGACCUCUAGCUGCGCGCUUCACAAAACUUUGGCUCGUCCGGCAAUACGUCAAGGGCGACUUCCAUAGGACGAACAGACAGCUUCAUGCAGAAUAUGGUCCCAUUGUCCGCAUUGCCCCAGGAUACUACAGCGUUGACGACUUUGAGGCUAGCAAACAGCUCUACGGCCAUGGCACCAAAUUCACAAAGUCCAAUUGGUACGAUACCUGGGCCGAACCCAGCUGGAACAAUGUUUUCAACGAGCGCGACCCUCACAUUCACGCCCAAGACCGUCGCAAACUCGCUUCCUCAUACGCCAUGUCCGCGCUGCUCGCAUACGAGUCUGGUGUCGAUCAGUGCAGAGAGAUCCUAGAGCAGAGUCUCACGUUGAAAGCGAAGAUGUCCGCGAGUAUUGAUCUCCCACGACUUGCCCAGUUCAUGGCUUUCGAUGUCAUCUGUCAGAUCUCGUUCAACAAAAUUCCUGGCUUCGUUGCCAAAGAAAGUGACAUCGACGGCUGCAUCGAAACCCUCGACACGAGACUUUUCAUGAGCACAGUUGGCGGACUCUUUCCCCGCUUACACAGAGGCGUUCUCAAAACCUUCCAAUUCUUAGGACUACCGAAUCCGAUGACAAAACACCUGCUCAAAUGGGUAGACCACGAGAUCGAUCGAAGACGACAAGAAAAGUCCAGCGGCGGGAAUUUCAACUCAACUUCUUCGGAUAUGGUUUCGACAUUGUUGAGUGCAGCCGAGAAUCAGUCUGGGCGCAUCACGGAUACCGAAGUCCAGCGGGCUGCGAUGAUGAAUGUUUUUGCGGGGUCGGAUACUACCAGUAUCGCGUUGACAUCGAUUCUGUUCCAUGUCUAUCGGAAUCCGAAACAUCUGGAGAGGUUACGACAAGAGCUGGAAGAGGCUGUACAGAAUGGGACAGCAUCGGAAAACAUCACCUUCCAAGAGGCUCAGAAGCUCCCAUUCCUCCAGGCCGUGAUCAAAGAGGGCAUGCGUGUCUUCCCAUCUGUUGCACUUCCCAUGCCACGUGUCGUGCCGGCAGAAGGAUGCAACAUUGCUGGAGUCGAGAUCCCAGCUGGCACCGUCGUAGGAAUCAACCCCUGGGUCGCACACGCGAACAAAGACGUCUUCGGACCAGACGCGGAAUCUUUCGAGCCUGACCGAUGGCUAGGCGAGAAGACUUCGAUGCAAGACGCCUACAAUCUCACAUUCGGAGCCGGUUCUCGCACCUGUCUCGGCAAAAACAUAAGUCUCCUCGAAAUCUCAAAGAUCGUACCGAUGAUCGUUCGUCGCUUUGAUUUGAACUUUGGAGAUGUGACGGAACUGGAAGGCUUGAAUCGCUGGUUCGUCAAGGCGGAUAAGGUGUUUGCGAGAGUGACUUUUGCUUCGAAGUAAAUGCUGAGGCAGGUUGCGAAGUUCUUUUGAUUCCUCACCAGGGCUACUAUAUGCGAUAAUCCACUUUCUGCCCGCACACAUGAGCUUCCUGAGCACUUCAGUCGAGCUCCUUGCUUGCAUAAUAUACCGUAUUGCGGUUCCAUCCUUGUAGAACGCCGUUCGCCAUCCCUACGCUAUCAUUU